ACUCACUACAAAUCCAGUUGCAGGUUUCCACUUUGGUCUUGGGCAAGAUACAAAGUGUUGUCAUAAUGGGCCAGAAGGAGGGUCGAGAGAGGGGAAGAGCAGAGACGUAGCCAGAGUGUGUGUGGGAAGCAGAGGAAGGAACAGUGCCUUACCCAAACUUUAUAUUCCAUUUGGCUUUGCAUCUACUACUAUCAUAUGAUGCUUUCUCUUCUGUUUGCAUUCUUGGUGGCAUUCUGCCGGCUUGAGUGAUCUCAUGGAAUGCACAUGGGAUUUUCAGCAGAAACCCUUCAACUUUAUUCAAAGGCGCUCUUGCUCGGCUUUCCAAAGGGUCACUUUGUAUGUGUUUGGAAAUUUCUGCUGCCCUUUGAGUCUGACAAGACUUGAGAUGUGAUCCAAGAAGAUUCUGCAAACUGGACCCAUGCCGUUUUGAAGGUGAAGGAAAAUGCUCAUAUCAUCACUGAUUUGGAUUCUGCACUUGAUGAAUCUCACCAUAGGUCAAGACAAGAUUAUGCGCCACAAGCGUAGCUCCACUACAAGUAGCUCCACAGCAGGUAGACUGUGUCCCACAGGGUGUGUGACGUGCUCAGCCCUCAAUGGUUGCCUGUCCUGUAAAUCUCGCCUCUUCUUUCACCUGGAGGUGGAUGGGAUGAGGCAGAGAGGAGUUUGUCUGUCCUCCUGCCCCCGGGGGCACUAUGGCACAAGAUCACCGUACAUCAACACCUGCACAAGAUGCAAGGAAGACUGUGCCUCCUGCUUCAGUGAAAGUUUCUGCACCCGAUGUCACUCGGAUCGCUUCUUGUUCCGGGGAAAAUGUGAACGCAGCUGUCCCUUUGGGCUCACAGCCAACCUUGAACUACGCGAAUGUAUAGAGUGUCCUGCUGGCUGUGAGCUGUGUAUGCGGAGGAACAUGUGUGCGCGCUGCAGAACAGAUUUAUACACUCUUCAAGGCCAGUGCUAUCUCACCUGCCCAAAAGGGUUUGAGCCGGACGAACAGCUUAUGCAGUGCCUCCCGCAAGUGCACUGUGAGGUAGGAGAGUGGUCAGACUGGAGCCCAUGUGUUCAUAAACGCAGCAUGAAAAUGUACAGAAGAGGAGAGAAGACGCGCACCAGACAAAUGUUGAGUCCACCGAGCCGCUUCAGGAAGCCCUGUCCAAAGUUGUUCCAGUUCAGAAAAUGUAUUUUUAAAAAGAGACAGAGUUUCAUAUCAAAUGUUAUGCCAUAGUUAUUUGUAAUGCAUUGUUCUUUCUUUUAAACAUAUGCUUUUGGUAUUAUUUAACAACUUAUACUGUGUAAAUAUUACUUUAAUGGUUGGCAUU